AUGCAGGUUAAAAACCAGAUCUGCACCGAGAGGAGCAGCACCGACGACCCGGAGCAGGAUGACAACCAGAAGAAGACCUCGUGUUUUUCCAACAUUAAGAUUUUCCUGGUGUCGGAAUGUGCGCUCAUGUUGGCACAGGGCACCGUGGGCGCCUAUCUGGUAAGCGUUCUAACCACUCUGGAAAGACGCUUCAACCUCCAGAGUGCCGAUGUGGGCGUCAUUGCCAGCAGCUUCGAAAUCGGCAACCUGGCCCUCAUCCUGUUUGUCAGCUACUUUGGCGCCAAGGCCCACAGGCCCCGCCUGAUUGGCUGCGGUGGGAUCGUCAUGGCGCUGGGGGCAUUGCUAUCGGCUCUGCCGGAGUUCCUGACUCAUCAGUAUGAGUACGAGGCUGGGGACUCGUGGCACGCUGAGGACGGAAGGGACGUGUGCUCCAACAACUCCAGGUCUGAAAACAGAGACUCUGGGUUUAAAUGUGGCAACCGAGCCAACACCAACAUGAUGUACCUUCUGCUGAUCGGAGCCCAGGUGCUGCUGGGCAUUGGAGCCACACCUGUCCAGCCUUUGGGAGUGUCCUAUAUCGAUGACCAUGUCCACAGGAAGGACUCCUCACUGUAUAUAGGUAUUUUAUUUUCAACAUUAGUGUUCGGCCCCGCCUGUGGCUUCAUCUUAGGCUCUGUCUGUACCAAAGUCUAUGUUGAUGCUGUCUUCAUCGACACCAGUAAGCUGGACAUCACCCCAGAUGACCCUCGCUGGAUCGGGGCGUGGUGGGGUGGCUUUCUCCUCUGUGGUGCCUUACUCUUCCUGUCGGCCCUCUUCAUGUUCGGCUUCCCCCAGGCGCUGGACGAGCAGGACAUGGACAGUGGAGGGGAGAGUGAGCAGGCCAUGCUGCCUUCUUCCCUAACCCUGGAAUACCAGGGCUCUAAACCUAAUGGGACAAUUCAUGGCUUUGAUAUAAACAGUGGACUCUCAGUCUGUGAGCAUCUGAGAGUAAUCCCCCGGGUAACUAGACACCUACUCUCUAAUCCGGUGUUCAGCUGUAUCACGCUGGCAGCCUGCAUGGAGAUUGCUGUGGUUGCCGGCUUUGCUGCCUUCCUAGGCAAAUACCUGGAACAGCAGUUCAACCUUACCACCUCCUCAGCCAAUCAGCUGCUAGGUAUGACGGCUAUCCCCUGUGCCUGUCUGGGUAUCUUCCUUGGGGGGCUUCUGGUCAAGAAGCUGAACCUGUCUGCUCUGGGCGCUGUCCGUAUGGCCAUGCUGGUCAACCUGGUGUCCACUGCCUGCUACGUCUCUUUUCUCUUCUUGGGGUGUGACACCGGACCUGUCGCCGGGGUUACGGUGGCCUAUGGCAACGAGACAUUGCGGUCCUGGCAGCGACCUGAGUCACCAUGUAUCAGUAACUGUAACUGCUACACAGCAUCGGUGAGCCCUGUCUGUGGCUCCAACGGAGUCACCUACCUCUCAGCCUGCUUUGCUGGCUGCACCAAACCAAACCUGACCAGCUGCACGUGUAUAUCCAGCAACAGUGAAGAGGCAGUGGCUUUACCAGGGAAGUGUCCCAGUCCAGGAUGUCAGCAGGCCUUCCUCACCUUCCUAUGUGUUAUCUGUGUGUGUAGCAUGAUCGGAGCUAUGGCCCAGACACCCUCCGUCAUUAUCCUUAUCAGAACUGUAAGUCCAGAGCUUAAGUCAUACGCCCUCGGAGUUUUGUUCCUGCUCCUGAGACUUAUAGGCUUCAUCCCUCCCCCUCUGAUCUUUGGCAUGGGUAUCGACUCCACCUGUCUGUUCUGGAGCUCGGUUUGCGGCGAGAAGGGAGCCUGCAUGCUGUACGACAACGUGGCCUACAGGCAUCUGUACGUCAGCAUUGCCAUCGUCCUUAAGUCAUCGGCCUUCCUCCUGUACGCCACCACAUGGCAGUGUCUGAGAAAGAAUUACAGGAAAUACAUCAAGAACAGCGAGGGUUACCUCACUCCCACUGAACUCUUCGCCUCCAAUGUGACUUUGGACAAUUUGGGCAAAGAGAUCACGCAGAACCCAGCCAACAGGACAAAGUUCAUAUACAACCUGGAGGACCAUGAGAUGUCUAACAACAUGGAGUCAGUUUUAUAG